AUGUCUUUACGCGCACAAGAUAUCCACGUAGGUUGUAUCCUUCGCCCUCGCAAUGAUAUUGAAAAGAAAUACCCAGGAAUUAGAUGCGAAUGGAAUGAAUUAUCUGAUCACCGAGACGUGAACCCAGCUCUGGGAUGUCCAUCGUAUUGCCGCCAGGAUAUUGCAGGCCAAAAACAUCCCAUUAUUGUCCUCCGCAAAAAUGGUGACAGUAUUCUUUAUGUCGCAAUGACUGGCAACCCAAUCCCUCAUGAUCAAGUGGGGACACAGUACUCCCCUAUCGGUCACUACUUUCCUCCUGGUAGUGGGAUACCACAUCCUGCAAGAUUUCGAUCCCGUUAUUGGCUUAAAAAUCCCAAUCCUUGGAAUGAGAGAACGAUCGAUGCAGCCCGUCAGAGCCCUCGUCGUAGACUCAUAGAAUUGGAAAAACACUCCAAGCUACGCUUGCCCCAUGUUUAUGUUCAGAAAGCAAAUAGAUUCAAAGCCUUUGGAGGUCAUAACACGUCAGCUUCAGAAUACAGGUUGGACGAGGGAUCUUAUUAUAGACUUAUGGAUAGAUUAGGGCUACAUGCUAGCAAUUACAAUUCUGAUAUGUCCCCAAGGACAUUACAUAGACCCCAUUCAACAGUAUCGAUUUCAACUUCGCUGUCAUCUCGAGCGUCAGCUUCGUCAACACAGCAAAAUCAAUCUGCUCUUAAUUUCUCUCUUGGACGUUUGCGAAAUGGCCCAUCGCAACGCGAGCGAUACCAAAAUACUAGGAAUGAGAAUUAUGAAUCACCGAGCAAUAACUUGCCCAACUGGCUGGCAACACUUCGCAAUUGGAUUCGUCUAUACAGCGAACAAUGUAGAAACAUGAAGAUGUGGAAAAGUUGCAAAAUUCAGGAGAUUUCGAAUCCUGUCGCAGAAGACUUGCCAUCUCCUGAAGCCGAUUUGAACGAACUUCCUCUUCCCUAUACCAUCACACUUCAGUGCACCGUAUGAUAUAACACAUAGUUUCAUAUCUGUCGAAUAGUCAUCAGCCUUCAUUAGCACAGUCGUUACACUGAAUAUUUCUUAAUCGUUUUGUUCCUCAUGUAUUUUUCCUUUUGCAUUCGUUUUAGUGUGCGCAAUAGAUCAGAAUUUCGGCGUUGGAUGUUGGAUGUUGGAAGCGGUUAUCAGAUUAAAUUGCAGUACAAUCUCAAGAUUAUUUACCGUG